CUGAAGUCAUUCUUUUAACCCUGUAACUGCAUGCUCUUUUGCUUUAUUUAUCUGUUACAUUUUUGCGUCUCCUACACGUAAGGGACCGUAGUUCGAGUGUGGAGAGUCAUAAAAUCACGGAACUUUUAUGGAUAUUUUUGUAUUUUAAUGUGACGAAUUCCACCCGAGGAAAAGGUUGUUCAUUAUCAAAGGGUGAAUACAUUUAAAAUAAUCGCUUCGAUACCUGGUAAAUGCUUUAGUAGCCACGGAAUUGUUAGCAUCCAUGCUUAGAUAUAUUAUCAUUUGUGUCGUUAAACCGUUUGCGUCUAACACACGUUGUCAGCAUUUAACGUAAUUUGCUGAUUGUUGUAGAAGUCUCAAUAUUUCUGUUUAGCUUGUGACUCGCAACGAUUAAGUUGUCUGCUCGUGGUGCUAAAACUUACUAGUCUCAUGGAGUCUUUUAUGAGGUAAAUAUAUGUGUAAAACUUGGGCACUGUGGUAGUAAUUCCAUAUCAGUUUGUUCACUAGAUAUAUCACACUGUUUCACUGUGUAAUAUGACCAAUAAACAAACUAAUAUGGAAUUUUUUAUGAGGUUGUUGACUAAAUUACCUUACAUUGUCGAUGAGUUUCAUGUUACAUAUAAAGUUAACUCAUCUUCUUUCUAUCGUAAGGCAUUUCAGAUAGGACAGUUAUCUGUCACAACUGCAUUGUACCUUGAAUAAGGACUUAUUGAUUUCCAGUUAGUCCAUAACUUCGUGAUUGUUCUCUGGUUGACCAUUUGAGAUAUUGGUAAGACUAAUAACCGGAUAGUUUGAAGGGUAGUGUGUGGGACCUCUUUUAUGGAUAGUGUGACUUUGGGGACCUUGUACUCUGGCGACAUUCCUUAUAGUGCGAGGAAUUGUAUAAGCGUAACAACCAAAGAUAGGAGUCGUUAGACCAUGAGGGGUGACAGGAAUCCGCAGUCUUGCUGUUUGUCAGAGCUCUGUAGAAAGGUAAAAUCCCCCUUGUGAGUUUUUAGGUUUAGUUAGCUUAAUUAAAGCGAAUCUCUAUGAAAACAUAUCUGAUAAAGGUAGUUCAGGUUUCUCGUCAACUGAUAAUAUCUUCCGAAAUAAGCUAUCAGGGUUGAAUCCCAAUAGGAAUACAAUAGGCUUUUGUAAGUCACUGCAUAGACAUAUACUCCAAGUGUCAUAAGAGUAAAAUAUUAUGGUUUGUAAUGCUUUUAUUUGGCUUGUUUAACACUUUAUUAGUGUGUGUAUCUAGCAUGCCAUGAUUGUCAUUUAAUUAAAAAACGUAACUGACAUUCUUCUGUAACUAUAGUCACGUAAAUUAUUUCUACAAGUUGUCACUGUUAUUCUAACUUUUUGAUUCAUCCAAUACUGGUAUAAUUUUGGAAAAAGUAAAUCGUCAACUAUUUUUUUGUUUGCAGGUUUUGUGAUUUUAAUGGAUUAUGAAUUAUUGUUGGGGUUUAUUUGGUGUUGCAUUACACAUAUCCUCAUUGUACAGGGCACCUGGGCGACUACAUAGAAGCUUUCGAACUAUUGGCACACUAUCAUGUAGGAAAUUUCUACCGAUUUAUUCAACUAACUUAUUAAAGCAUACUGGACGAGGACGUCGUCAUUUCGACGAUAAAGAUGAAGAUGAUGAUUCAGAUGAAGAAUUUUCUGAUGAGUUUGAUACCAAUAGCGAAUCAAAUGAUCCAUAUUAUUCAGAAGAUGUUGAAUUCAAUCCAAAUUUUAAACAGAUAUCAACAUGCGUUAAAUCAUUACGUUUUGAUAAAAUUAUUCGUGUAGGCUUAGUCGAUUUCGACUAA